AUGGAAAGUUCUUCCUCAAGCAUUUCUCGACCUCUUUCAAGCAGUGCCAGUGGUUGUUCUUUACCAAACCCAGUUUUAUCCAAGCCUGUUAUAGAACCAUGUGAGAUGAGAAAGUUAAUCUCUGAUACGUUUGACUUUGUUGAUGACAUUUCUUGUGCACAUCACUCAUAUUAUCACUGCCUCGAGCAAAAUUGUCAAAGUGUUAGCAAUUCAGAUGCAAGUUUAUUUCAUGGAAAGAAAGAUAAAUUCCAGCACAAAUGGCUCUCUGAUAAAGAGCUCACAUACUGCCACCAGACUGGAUUUUUUUGGCUUUUAUAUGCUGAAGGCAAGGGAAUGUACUGCAUUCUCUGCUCCAAGCACAAAACAAGAAAUAAACAAAACCAGGCUGAUAUCUUUACCGGGAAACCUGGAACGAGAUAUAAGAAAUCUGCAUUAAAAUCACAUGCUGACUCUGAUCGUCACAAGGCAGCCAUUGAAGCAGAGCUACUGCAGAAAAAUUCU